AUGAAAAUAAUAAUAGUAGGCACCGGCAUCUCCGGCCUAACAGCCUACCACUUCCUCCACCGCUUCCUAACCCCUCUCCUCCCAAACCUCCAAAUCGAUGCCUACGAAUCCUACAAAUCCCCAUCAAUAGGCAUCGGCGGCACCCUCGGUCUCGCCCCAAACGGCCUAUACACCAUAAAACUAAUCUCCCAAGAAGCCCACUCCGCAAUUCUCGCGUCAGGUUUCCCCUGUGCUAAAUUUGAAUUUAGAAAUUCGAAUGGUAAAGUAUUGGGUUUAAUGUCCACGGGCUCCCCGGAUAGAUACCCUGGUACUGGUGGAGAGGUGAUGCAUUCCAGAGCUGCUAUAUAUGGUGAGAUUUUGAAAGUAUUGGAGGAACAGGGGGCUAGGAUACAUUAUGGAAAGACGGUGGUGGGUGUUGUUCCGAAAGAGGAGGGAGUUGAGGUUACUUUCAAAGACGGAGAGGUUGUGAUGGCGGAUUUGGUGAUUGGGGCAGAUGGUAUUAAGAGUACAGUACGGAAAGCGGCAUUUCCGGGUGUUGAGGCACGGUUUGAAGGCUUAGUAGGAGUCGGUAGUACUAUAACUUAUAGCGCAGUCCCAAGCAGUGAACACCCAAAGGAAAUCCCGUACGACUACAAAAAUUCAAAAUACUCACCCACAGUCAUGACCUUCGGGAGUAAUGGAUUCUUCGGAUACUCACCGAUAAAUUCAAAGACCGGAGACGAGGGACGCUAUCAAUGGUGGAGUACAGCUGAAUCAGAUAGCGAGGAUAGAGAUCUUCCGAUCGAAGAGAUUGAACGACAAUUGUUGGAAAGACAUAAGGAUUGGGUUAACCCGGAAGGCGAGAAAGUAAUAGAUAGUAUUAUCAGAUUCGCCAUCCAACAGCACAAAGAUAGCGCAGAAACAGAUCGAUCUAAACGAAUUUUAGUUUUGCCAAACUACUUCAUGCAAACUAUGGAGCAGUACCACAGCGACGACGGGAAAAUUCUCUUAAUGGGAGAUUCUGCGCAUGUCAUGCCGCCGCACUCAGGCCAAGGAGUCUCUCUCGCCUCCGAAGACGGUUACGUCUACGCUCGACUUUUAGCACAUGAGAUCCAGCGAACAAAGGCCGCCGAAUCAAAAGAUUACAAGACCGCAUUGUCAACCGCCGGAAAAUACUACACCGAAAUGAGAAAGCCGCGGAGUGACAAGAUAAUGGCAAUCGCAGCAAAAUCAGGAAAUAUGAAACGGAACCUCAGCUGGUGGGAAGAGAAGUCGAGAGAUUUCUUUUUCGGAUUAUUCCUAAGAUUUGCCCCUGACAGCAUACACGACGGGACAUUUGGGUACAAAGUUGAUGAGGAAGUUGAUAAGUUUUUAUCAACGAAGUCGUAA